AUGCCAACCUCACCUUCGCCACCACUAUCAUACACUCAACCCGCAUCUCUCGAGGCCUUCGCCUCUACUCCAGAUGUCUUCAGAGCUGCCCACCCGCCAAUUGAGCACCUCAUAGCUGGCGCCCUAGUCACCAAUCCCCAAGGUCAAGUCCUUCUUCUCCGCCGCGCAGCUCACGACUCAUGGCCUCUGCUAUGGGAAGUCCCCGGCGGUUGUGUCGAUGACUCAGACCAUGGCCUCGUUGCUGCAGCUGUGCGUGAACUCUGGGAAGAAGCCGGACUGCGCGCAAAGGCUGUAAAAGCCGUGGUAGGAAUUGCACCCAUCACAGAGCCGAUGCCAGAUGAUCCUCUAGAGAAGGACUUGGAGGUUCUGUAUGACAUGCUUGUGUUUCGUGCACAUGAUGGAGUCUGGGGAAAGUUGACGGUCUGGGUCGAGGUGGAGAGCUGUGAUGAAGUCAAGAUUGACGAGAAUGAACAUGUCGAGUUUGCCUGGGUGACAGAGGAAGAAGCACUUCAGAACAAGUUCAAGGAUGGCAAGAAGUUGGAGUUUGUAAGCGAGGGAGUGAAGAGGAACGUACUCGAGGGCUUCAGACUCUGGAAAGAGGACAACGAAGCAAGCAAAUAA